AUGAGAGAGGGGGAAAGCAGAAGGAGGAGAAGAGGAAGAGGAGGAGAAGAGGAGAGGAGAGAGGAGGGGCAGGAGGAGCAGGUGGAGGAAGGGGAGAAAGCAGAUGGAUGGGGGAGAGGAGGAAGAGAGGAGAGGAGAGGAGGAGGACAGGAGGAGGGGUAUGGGGAGGAGGAGGAGCAGGGAGGAGUGGAGGGGGAGGAGGAGAGAAGAGGAGGAAGAGGAGAGAAGGAGGACAGGAAGAGGAGGAGGGGUAUGGAGAGGAGGAGAGAGGAGGGGGAGGACAGGAGGAGGGGUAUGGGGAGAGAGGAGGAUAGGAGGAGGAACAGAGAAGGGGGAGGAGGAAGAGGAGAAAAGAGAAGAGGAGAGAAGAGGAGGAGGACAGAAGGGGGGGGGGGAGAAGGAAUGACUUUGAUAGCAGCAGUGAAUCUAUUUAGUUAUUAAGUGGUGAUCUUUCAACAAUCGUUUUCACAAUAGCACAUUCAAAUCGAAUCAAAUCAAAUGUAUUUGUCACAUGUGCCGACUACAACAGGUGUAUACCUUACUGUGAAGUGCUUACUCACAAGCACUUAACCAACAAUGCAGUUUUAAAAAAAAGAAAUACAUUUUAGUCAUUUAGCAAAUAGAGUUAAGAAAAUAUUUACUAAUUAAACUAAAAAGUAACACAAUAAAAUUACAUGACAAUAAGGAGGCUAUAUACAGGGGGUACCGGUACCGAGUCAAUGUUAGUCGAGGUUAUUUGUACAUGUAAGUAGGGGUAAAGUGACUAUGCAUAGAUAAUAAACAGCUGUAGAUAAAUCAACUGUCCAGUAGGAGGUGCUGCCCAGCCUUAACCAUGGAAACUUAUACAUGAACAUUUAUAUAAAAAUAUAGUGUUUUUUUUAUAGUAAUUGUCAUGGUUUUUCAUAUGUUGACUUAUAAAAAUACUGUGUGAAACCUAUAAGGAAUUUCUUUGUAGAGGUUACAUUCUCAGAACAUACACUUUUCUUAUAAUAUUCAUUGAUGACUCAUAUAAUUCAUAUAUUUUGUCUCAAAUAUGUCAUACCAUAUCUUUGUAUGAAAUGCACCACAAUCAUGUAUUAAAUUGUGUAUGUCAUAUAAGGCAUAUAAGUUAAAACGUAUACAAAUAUCGCACUGACAUAUAAGAAAAAAUAUACAAAAUCUUACCAGAUCCUUAUUAGAUUUAUUUGUUUUAUUUUUUUGCCAUACAAGAUUCUUAUUUGAUGUUCAUAAUUCUUUUCCAUAUGGGAGAUGCGCUCAAACACAACACAGAUAUGCACAAUCGCCCAUACACACAAACAAUGAUGUAUGCAGACAUACAUUGGCUUGCGAAAGUAUUCACCCCCCUUGGCAUUUUUCCUUACAACCUGGAAUUAAAAUUGAUUUUUUGGGGGGGUUGUAUCAUUUGAUUUACACAACAUGCCUACCACUUUGAAGAUGCAAAAUAUUUUUUAUUGUGAAACAAACAAUAAAUAAGACAAAAAACAGAAAACAUGAGCGUGCAUAACUAUUCACCCCUCCAAAGUCAAUACUUUGUAGAGCCACCUUUUGCAGCAAUUACAGCUGCAAGUCUCUUGGGGUAUGUCUCUAUAAGCUUGGCACAUCUAGCCACUGGGACUUUUGCCCAUUCUUCAAGGCAAAACUGCUCCAGCUCCUUCAAGUUAGAUGGGUUCUGCUGGUGUACAGAAAUCUUUAAGUCAUUCCACAGAUUCUCAAUUGGAUUGAGGUCUGGGCUUUGACUAGGCCAUUCCAAGACAUUUAAAUGUUUCCCCUUAAACCACUCAAGUGUUGCUUUAGCAGUAUGCUUAGGGUAAUUGUCCUGCUGGAAGGUGAACCUCUGAUUAAUGCCCUCCUUGCCUGGUCUGUGAGUUUUGGUGGGCGGCCCUCUCUUGGCAGGUUUGUUGUGGUGCCAUAUUCUUUCCAUUUUUUAUAAUGGAUUUAAUGGUGCUCCGUGGGAUGUUCAAAGUUUCUGAUAUUUUUUUAUAACCCAACCAUGAUCUGAACUUCUCCACAACUUUGUCCCUGACCUGUUUGGAGAGCUCCUUGGUCUUCAUGGUGCCGCUUGCUUGGUGGUGCCCCAUGCUUAGUGGUGUUGCAGACUCUGGGGCCUUUCAGAACAGAUGUAUAGAGUGAGGGGAAAAAGUAUUUAUCCCCUGCUGAUUUUGUACGUUUGCCCACUGACAAAGACAUGAUCAGUCCAUAAUUUUAAUGGUAGGUUUAUUUGAACAGUGAGAGAAAGAAUAACAACAAAAAAAUCCAGAAAAACGCAUGUCAAAAAUGUUAUAAAUUGAUUUGCAUUUUAAUGAGAGAGAUAAGUAUUUGACCCCUCUGCAAAACAUGACUUAGUACUUGGUGGCAAAACCCUUGUUGACAAUCACAGAGGUCAGACGUUUCUUGUAGUUGGCCAACAGGUUUGCACACAUCUCAGGAGGGAUUUUGUCCAACUCCUCUUUGCAGAUCUUCUCCAAGUCAUUAAGGUUUCGAGGCUGACGUUUGGCAACUCAAACCAUCAGCUCCCUCCACAGAUUUUCUAUGGGAUUAAGGUCUGAAGACUGGCUAGGCCACUCCAGGACCUUAAUGUGUUUCUUCUUGAGCCACUCCUUUGUUGCCUUGGCCGUGUGUUUUGGGUCAUUGUCAUGCUGGAAUACCCAUCCACGACCCAUUUUCAAUGCCCUGUCUGAGGGAAGGAGGCCCCGUCCAUCGUCCCUUUGAUGCGGUGAAGUUGUCCUGUCCCCUUAGCAGAAAAACACCCCCAAAGCAUAAUGUUUCCACCUCCAUGUUUGACGGUGGGGAUGGUGUUCUUGGGGUUUUAGGCAGCAUUCCUCCUCCUCCAAACACGGCGAGUUGAGUUGAUGCCAAAGAGCUCGAUUUUGGUCUCAUCUGACCACAACACUUUCACCCAGUUGAAUCAUUCACCUCUGAAUCAUUCAGAUGUUCAUUGGCAAACUUCAGACAGGCCUGUAUAUGUGCUUUCUUGAGCAGGGGGACCUUGCGGGCACUGCAGGAUUUCAGUCCUUCACGGCGUAGUGUGUUACCAAUUGUUUUCUUGGUGACUAUGGUCCCAGCUGCCUUGAGAUCAUUGACAAGAUCCUCCCGUGUAGUUCUGGGCUGAUUCCUCACCGUUCUCAUGAUCAUUGCAACUCCACGAGGUGAGAUCUUGCAUGGAGCCCGAUUGACAGUUAUUUUGUGUUUCUUCCAUUUGCGAAUAAUCGCACCAACUGUUGUCACCUUCUCACCAAGCUGCUUGGCGAUGGUCUUGUAGCCCAUUCCAGCCUUGUGUAGGUCUACAAUCUUGUCCCAGACAUCCUUGGAGAGCUCUUUGGUCUUGGCCAUGGUGGAGAGUUUGGAAUCUGAUUGAUUGAUUGCUUCUGUGGACAGGUGUCUUUUAUACAGGUAACAAGCUGAGAUUAGGGGCACUCCCUUUAAGAGUGUGCUCCUAAUCUCAGCUCGUUACCUGUAUAAAAGACACCUGGGAGCCAGAAAUCUUUCUGAUUGAGAGGGGGUCAAAUAUGUAUUUCCCUCAUUAAAAUGCAAAUCAAUUUAUAACAUUUUUGACAUGCGUUUUUCUGGAUUUUGUUGUUGUUAUUCUGUCUCUCACUGUUCAAAUAAACCUACCAUUAAAAUUAUAGACGGAUCAUUUCUUUGUCAGUGGGCAAACGUACAAAAUCAGCAGGGGAUCAAAUACUUUUUUCCCUCACUGUAUAUACUGAGAUCAUGUGACAGAUGAUGUGACACUUAGAUUGCACACAUGUGGACUUUAUUUAACUAAUUAUGUGACUUCUGAAGGUAAUUGGUUGCACCAGAUCUUAUUUAGGGGCUUCAUAGCAAAGGGGGUGAAUACAUAUGCACGUACCACUUUUCCGUUAUUUAUUUUUUGAAUUUUUUGAAACAAGUUAUUUUUUUCAUUUCACUUCACCCAUUUGGACUAUUUUGUGUUUGUCCAUUACAUGAAAUCCAAAUAAAAAUCAAUUUAAAUUACAGAUUGUAAUGCAACAAAAUAGGAAAAACGCCAUGGGGGAUGAAUACUUUUGCAAGGCACUGUACAGUAUGUGCACACAACUGCACGUAGACACAUGGAAUGCACACAGUCACAUAGCAAAACAUAUGCUUACACAAAAGCACAUGCUUGCAUAGCAUGAGAAAGUUUCCAUGUUGAAGCAUAAGCCCUAGGCUAUUUUCCUAUUCCUUAUCCAAUGAAGUCAAACCUUUCAGAAUUCUGAGAAUCCCAGGAAUGGGUUAUUUUAAGAGCUUCUGAACAACUCUGUGUGUUAUCAGAUUAAGAAGCAGUUUAAGGAGAGGGGUGGGAGGGAGUUCAAAAUCUGAUCCACUUUCAUAACCGUUAAAUGAAGGGAGAGAGCGACGCUCUCCGUCACCAUAAACACUGAGUAUACAAAACAUUAAGAACACCUUCCUAAUAUUGAAUUGGACAGCCUCAAUUCAUCGAAAAGCGUUCCACAGGGUUGUUGGUCCAUGUUGACUCCAAUGCUUCUCACAGUUGUGUCAAGUUCGCUGGAUGUCCUUUAGGUGGUUGACCAUUCUUGAUACACAUGAGAAACUGUUGCGUGUGAAAAACCCAGCAGCGUUGCAGUUCUAGACACAAACUGGUGUGCCUGGCACCUACUACCAUACCCCAUUCAAAGGCACUUAAAUCUUUUGUCUUUCCCAUUUACCCUCUGAAUGGCACACAUACACAAUCCAUGUCUCAAUUGUCUCAAGGUUUAAAAAUCCAUCUUUAACCAGUCUGCUCCCCUUAAUCUACACUGAUUUGAAGUAGAUUUAACAAGUGACGUCAAUAAGGGAUCAUAACUUUCACCUGGAUUCACCUGGUCAGUCUAUGUCAUGGAAAGAGCAGGUGUUCUUAAUGUUUUGUAUACUCGGUGUAUAAACAACUUUUGGAAAGCUCAUAUUCUGAGCUAGCAAUUCAAAAAGCAUAGUCCACAGAUCUAAUUGAAUCUGAACAACCCUUUACCUGGAACAGAAUAUUGAAAAAUAUGACCUUGGCAUACGUAAUCCAAACCAUUAAUUUAUGCAUUUUAGGUUUGUUCACAGACUGUAUUUAUACCAAGGAAACGUUUUACGAUAAAAUUGUCCCCAACUCCCAACUGUUCACUGUGUCCCCUAAAUCGUAUGCACAUUCCUUCAUAUGAUGUCGGAGUGCCCUGCAGUUAAAUGCUUCUGGGGCAAAGCUACAAACAAAAAUCCUGAAGUGCAUGAAUAUUCAAUUCUUUGCAUAUAUUAUGUUACUUAACCCCGUGAAUCUCUCAAUCAAUCAGAGAAGUUUGCUGCUGGCAGGCAGCACUGGUGCUGAAAAAAUCUUGUCUCUAAGAUGGCAACCACCACGCUCUCUGCAUGGUUUCCGCGUGGGGACGGAGGAUGCGGGCGGGUGGAUGGGGACUGAGGGUGGGAAUUGGUUGGGGUUAUCUUUGUGUGCAUUUCUUUGAUUGCUUUUUUGUUCCUGUAACCCCCCCUGAAAAAAAAAAGGACAAAGCGAAAUAGAGCUGCUGUUGUGCCUUCUUCACGAUGCUGCCGUGUGAAGAAACCAUUACAGGUCCUCAGUGAUGUGCACGUAGACGAACUUGAAGCUUUUAACCCUCUCCACAUUAACAGUUGGUCCUGAGAGGACAGUUGUAUGGUCAGUUACUCAUUUAAAACAGAUUUGUUUUGUUCUCCCGUUUCCCUUCACAGACGUCACAGCAGCAAAUGUCUGUAGGAGUGGAAACUAUCAGUCACUUAAAGCUACUGGCUAUCUGAGUCAGUCCCCCUCGCCAAGCACACAGAAUUAGAGUACGGCACAGUCAGUCCCCCUCGCCAAGCACACAGAAUUAGAGUACAGCAUCGUCAGUCCCCCUCGCCAAGCACACAGAAUUAGAGUAAGGCACAGUCAGUCCCCCUCGCCAAGCACACAGAAUUAGAGUAAGGCACAGUCAGUCCCCCUCGCCAAGCACACAGAAUUAGAGUACAGCAUCGUCAGUCCCCCUCGCCAAGCACACAGAAUUAGAGUACAGCAUCGUCAGUCCCCCUCGCCAAGCACACAGAAUUAGAGUACAGCAUCGUCAGUCCCCCUCGCCAAGCACACAGAAUUAGAGUACGGCACAGUCAGUCCCCCUCGCCAAGCACACAGAAUUAGAGUACAGCAUCGUCAGUCCCCCUCGCCAAGCACACAGAAUUAGAGUACAGCAUCGUCAGUCCCCCUCGCCAAGCACACAGAAUUAGAGUACAGCAUCGUCAGUCCCCCUCGCCAAGCACACAGAAUUAGAGUACAGCAUCGUCAGUCCCCCUCGCCAAGCACACAGAAUUAGAGUACAGCAUCGUCAGUCCCCCUCGCCAAGCACACAGAAUUAGAGUACAGCAUCGUCAGUCCCCCUCGCCAAGCACACAGAAUUAGAGUAAGGCACAGUCAGUCCCCCUGACGCUGUUUUCCCCCUCUUCUUUCUUUCUUCUCUCCCUCUCUUUUAUCUGUUCUAAAUCAUCGGCAUGACUCGAGGCUCUAUUAUCUGUAAUGUAUGCUAAUCAUUCAAACAUUCAAGGAGAUGGGCCGUUUUACGGAGGGGGGGGCUGAGAAGUGGGGAACAGCAAGGCAGAGGAGUGGGGACUGUGUUUUUGGGGAUGGGGCUCAGGGUAGGGAUGCUUGCUAUUCCCUUAAGUGUCUGGAAAGUGUGUGUUUCCAUUACGCCAUCUCGUUUCGCUGCAGUGCAUGGCGUUGGUUGUUUUUGCACUGAGGCCAGGGGGGUAGACAGUAGAGGCAGGCCUGAGGUCCUUUGUGGCCAGGCCCAGGGCAGGCAGCCCCUGGUAUGGUGUGGUGUGGCCAGGCUCCCCUCCGACGGUGGGCACACAUCUGCUGGAAGGGUUGGCUCUUCUGCUGCCUGGCAGGCUGCUAUCACAAAGAGAGGAUAAAUCAGAAGCAGUCUGUGGGGGAUUGGUUUGAGGCUAGCUGGCUGUUUAGCUGUUUGGCUGCUGGCUGGCUCACUGGCUGGGCUGGCUGUCUGGAGAGAUGGCUGACUGGAGAGAUGGCUGACUGGAGAGAUGGCUGACUGGAGAGAUGGCUGACUGGAGAUAUGGCUGGCUGGAGAGAUGGCUGGCUGGAGAGAUGGCUGACUGGAGAGAUGGCUGACUGGAGAGAUGGCUGACUGGAGAGAUGGCUGACUGGAGAUAUGGCUGGCUGGAGAGAUGGCUGACUGGAGAGAUGGCUGACUGGUGAGGUGCCUGGUGUGUGUCCUUCUGAGUCAGUCUGGGAUGGUUUGUUUUGAGCAGACUGUGGAUAAGUAAGUGACUUUUUCAAGUGUUUACAGUAUGGUUAUGUAAGGUCUUCCUGAUUAUGUCUUCACAGCAAUAACUCAUUUAACAUACAUUUCCUGAGGAUUCAUUGUAGAGGCAUUUUAGCAUAGCUGCUUCAGCCAAAAUAAUAAUGCACAAUUGUGAUGAACACCAAAAGACCUGUAACCCUGAGGGGAAACUAAAAACAUUGUUCCAUUUCUCUUCAACUUUUUCUGUAAACACUGAUCUGCCCUGACAUUAGCCCUGAGCCAGAAGAUGAUGACCGUUAUGACCCUGUUUUAAUGGGCUGAGACUGGAGAGUCAUGCAUUGAGCAAAACAUUUUAUAUUUAGUCAUUUAGCAGACGCUCUUAUCCAGAGCGACUUACAGUUAGUGAGUGCAUACAUUAUUAUAAAAAUUUUAAAAAUCAUACUGGCCCCCCGUGGGAAUCGAACCCACAACCCUGGCGUUGCAAACGCCAUGCUCUACCAACUGAGCUACAUCCCUGCCGGCCAUUCCCUCCCCUACCCUGGACGACUUGUGCGCCGCCCCAUGGGUCUCCCGGUCGUGGCCGGCUAUGACAGAGCCUGGAUUCGAACCAGGAUCUCUAGUGGCACAGCUAGCACUGCAUCCUUAGACCACUGCGCCACUCGGGAGAGAAAAAAACACCCACCCAAUCAAGGGAAAGAACCUGGGAGGCGGCUGGUGAGAAGCCAGUCACACACACACACACACACACAUAUUGGCUUAUCUAGUAGGAAAUCCUACAGCAGUCUUCACUCUCUAUCUAUAAACACAGAAGGCUCACCUCAUGCUCCGGCUUUUCAAUACAUAGAAUUAAUCUAACGGCUAUAGCCACAUAAAUGUAACAAAAUAAUGGGACUGGUUUUACCCCAUUUCGACCUAAAGAAAAAGUCCUAAAUCCUUAUUGGUAAUGUGAGAGAGUUUUAUGAGGACAAAGAGUGUCCAUGAACUGAGAGAGUAUUUGAAAGGAACUGAUUUACGAGGAAGAAUGCAGUGAUUAUAGUGUCUGUACACUGUAAAGGGAUUUAGUUUGAGAAACCGGGGAACUCACGCUCAACUUUAAAGUUGUUCCUUGCUCCUUGCAGAGGACUUAUGCUUAUCCUGUUGAUGAGAAGACACUGUGUGCUUCCGAAGUGGCACCCAAUUGGCUAGCGCAAUAUUUUUGACCAUAAUCCUAUGCGACCUUAUAGUAGUGCACUAUAUAGGGAAUAACGUGUCAUUUCAGACACAACCACUUUCAUUCUAUGGGGGUUCCAGUGUGAACUAGCUGUCCCUAGUAAAGCCUUAAGACCUAUUUAUAGCCCAGUCCCUUCUAUUGUACUUCCACUCCUCUCUGCCUCCUUUAGGUGGACCCCUGGUCCCUGGCUCCCUGGUCCCUACUGGUCUACAUCAGCGUCUGUCUGACCCCUUGUUUCAUACUGCAGGAAAAAAAGAAACUCCUUCUUCUGGAAAAGCCCUUCAUUAUCAUUUAUGGGAAACCUCAUGGCCCACUCUCGCUUUUUUCCUUUUCCCGCUCCCAUUAAAAUAAUAAAAAAAGAACAUACUUUCCUUGUUUCCUUAUGUUUCUAUCCAUACUCCCAUAGUCUGUGUAUACAUGACUGCUGUGUUGGGAAAUCUCCCCAUAAUAGGUCGUUAGUUUGUACUAUGGCUGGUUGGCAGAAAACUCCCCUUUUUCCCUCUGGGAACACAUCCAUCACAUUCUUUGGAAAGUCUGGGUGUUGCCGUAUGGUAUGGUAUUCUCUUACUGCAAAAGCACGGCUGUGUGCGUGUGUGUGCGAGCUCGUGUGUGUGUUUUCAAAACCAUUUAAUUGUUCUGGAGCAGAGCAGAGAACAAAUCGCUGGGAACACCUACAAAAUGUAAUUAAAUGGAAAAAUAAGGAUUAUACAGUCAAAGGGUAACUUUAGUGAGUGUAUGGAUUAUGGACCCAUGUUAUUUGAUGUUGAAUUGAUGAUUUUCGGUACUUCUGAACAGGACCGUGUGUGCCACUUACCACUGGUGUAAGGUGACUGCCAAUAUGACUACAAUGUCUUGUUAUUUGGUCGCCUUCUUCAAACUUCAAGCUCAACAAAACAGCAAACAUCCCACUGUGCAAAAACUGGUUGAAUAAACUUUGUUUCCAUGUAAUUUCAACCCAAAACAUCUGUGAUGACGUUGAAUCAAGGUGGAAACUGAUUAGAUUUGCAAAAAUCAUCAACGUAUUUUUUUCACCCAACUCUCAACCUAAAUCCAAUGACGUGAUUUGUAUUUUUACCAAAUGUAAAUCAAAACUAGACCUUGAACUGUGGCAUGAGUCUUUAACCUGAAGCCAGCGUUUUCCUUCUCUGUUUUAUGUUUUUUAUAAAGCGUCACACCUACAGUAGGGUUGACAUUUCCUCUGAAUGACUCACAGUCAGUAUCCUCUGAAGCCUGGUGGUUCCUCUGACCUCCAUGGAGGGGGUUCCUCUCUCCCUCAGAGGCCCAGAGCAGGGUAACCCUGCGUGGGCUGAGCUCCCCCACCUUCAGCCUCCCUCUUCCAGGCUUGGGAGGAUGAGAGAGGAGAGGGGGAUUCCUUUAGCGAUAGCAUUAGUAUCACCCUUCUCCUCACCCGUGACUCAUCUCUCUCUCUUCCCCCUCUCCCCCUCUCUCUCGCUCUCUCUCUUCCCCCUCUCCCCCUCUCUCUCUCUCUCUCUCUCUCUCUCUCUUCCCCCUCUCUUCUACCCCCUCUCUCUUCCCCCUCUCACCCCCCCUCUCUCUUUUCCCCCUUUCCCCAUCUCCAGCUCUCUCUCUCUCUCUUCCCCCCUCCCCCUCUCUCUCUCUGCCUAGUUUAACUACCAGUCUCCUUUUCUUCUCCCGUCUCAAAGCAUCAAAACAGAUUUGUUUAUUUCCCUCUCUGGAAGGGUCAUCUGGGGUCACGCUCUGGGAGACAUAAGUUCAGGAGAAGUGUUUGUUUGGACAUUCCUUGCAUUCACCGCACGCCUUCUCGCAUGAGACGGCCGGGAGCUCUAUGAUUCAAAUCAAAUCAAAUCUAAUCUAAUUUUAUUGGCCACAUGUGCCGAAUACAACAGGUGCAGACAUUACAGUGAAAUGCUUACUUACAGCCCUUAACCAACAGUGCAUUUAUUUUUUAUAAAAAAGUAAAAUAAAACAACAACAAAAAAGUGUUGAGAAAAAAGAGCAGAAGUAAAAUAAAAUAACAGUAGGGAGGCUAUAUAUACAGGGGGGUACCGGUGCAGAGUCAAUGUGCGGGGGCACCGGCUAGUUGAGGUAGUUGAAGUAAUAUGUACAUGUGGGUAGAGUUAAAGUGACUAUGCAUAAAUAAUUAACAGAGUAGCAGCAGCGUAAAAAGAUGGGGUGGGGGGGCAGUGCAAAUAGUCUGGGUAGCCAUGAUUAGCUGUUCAGGAGUCUUAUGGCUUGGGGGUAGAAGCUGUUGAGAAGUCUUUUGGACCUAGACUUUGUGUGUGUGUGUGUGUGUGUGUGUGUGUGUGUGUGUGUGUGUGUGUGUGUGUAUGCCUACAUUUUACGUAUGGGUGGUCCCAGGAAUCAAACCCAUUAUCCUGGCAUUGCUAGUGCCAUGCUCUACCAACUGAGCUACAAGGACCAUAGUGUUGAGUGUUUGGUAUGGUGGAGCCAGUUAGGUCAGUGUUAAGUCAUUCACUGCUCCACUACAGAUGUGGGUGGUCCUGUGUACCUGCCCAGGUAGGCCAAAGGUGGGCUUGGUGUAGAGUUUCCCUCCACUUUAGCUAGAGAAAGGAAAAGUAACCAUACAGCAGCUAUAAGCGAGAGACUGAGUGGGACCACCUCUCGUUAAGUGCCUAGUAGGGCUGUGACGGUCAUGGAAUUUUGGAUGACGGUUAUUGGCCAGCAAAAUGACCGCGUCUCCUUAAUAACCUUUCGAAUGGCAAAAUAUAUACACUGAAUAAAAAUAUAAACGCAACAUGUAAAGAGUUGGUAAAAAAUCUCUGAAAUGUUCCAUAUGCACAAAAAGCUUAUUUCUCUCAAAUUGUGUCCACAAAUUUGUUUACAUCCCUGUAAAAAAAUUGUUUUAAACAUUUUGGUCAUUUAUUUUGGUCAGUAUGAUAAUGUAUGCACUCACUAACUGUAAGUCGCUCUGGAUAAGAGUGUCUGCUAAAUGACUAAAAUGUAAAAGAGUUGAAGAGGUAGGGUUUCAGAUGUUUUCGGAAGAUGGGCAGGGACUCUGCUGUCCUAGCUUCAGGGGGAAGCUGGUUCCACCAUUGGGGUGAGGACUGGGCUGAGUGGGAGCUGCCCUCCCGUAGGGGUGGGAGGACCAAGAGACCUGAGGUGGCAGAACGGAGUGCUCGGUUUGGGGUAUGGGGUUUGAGCAUAGCCUGAAGGUAGGGAGAGGCAGUUCCUCUUGUUGUCUUGUAGUGGAUGCGAGCUUCAACUGGAAGCCAGUGGAGUGUGCGGAGGAGCGGGGUGACAUGAGAGAACUUGGGAAGGUUGAAAACCAGGUGGGCUGCUGCAUUCUGGAUAAGUUGCAGGGGUUUGAUGGCGGGGAGCCCAGCCAACAGUGAGUUGCAGUAGUCCAGACGGGAGAGGACAAGUGCCUGGAUUAGGACCUGCGCCGCUUCCUGUAUGAGGUAGGGCCGUACUCUACGGAUUUUGUAGAGCAUGAACCUGCAGGAGAGGGUCACUGCUUUGAUGUUUGCAGAGAACGACAGGGUGUUGUCCAGGUUCACGCCAAGGUUCUUUGCACUCUGGGAUGGUGACACUGUGGAAUUGUCAACCGUGAUGGAGAGGUCAUUGAGUGAGCAUUUCUCCUUUGCCAAGAUAAUCAAGAAGCUGAUUAAACAGCAUGAUCAUUACACAGGUGCACCUUGUGCUGGGGACAAUAAAAGGCACUUGUGUAGUUUUGUCACACAACACAAUGCCACAGAUGUCUCAAGUUGAGGGAGCGUGCAAUUGGUAUGCUGACUGCAGGAAUGUCCACCAGAGCUGUUGCCAGAAAAUGUAAUGUUCAUUUCUCUACCAUAAGCUGCCUGUCGUUUUAGAGAAUUUGGCAGUACAUCCAACCGGCCUCACAACCGCAGACCACGUGUAACCCCGCCAGCCCAGGACCUCCACAUCCGGCUUCUUCACCUGCGGGAUCAUCUGAGGUGGGGUUUGGGGGGGUGCUGAGGAGUAUUUAUGUCUGUAAUGAAGCCCUUUUGUGGGGAAAAACUCAUUCUGAUUGGCUGGGCCUGGCUCCCCACUGGGUGGGCCUAGCUUCCAAGUGGAGGGCCUAUGAUCAUAGGCCAAAAUGAAUUUAUUUAAAUUGACUGAUUUCCUUAUAUGAACUGUAACUCAGUCAAAUCUUUGAAAUUGUUGCGUUUAUAUUUUUUGUUCAGUAUAUAUAUAUCUUGUUGUUUUUUACACAAAUGUUUUCCUCUCCUCCACUCCUGACUGCAUGUGCUACCAUAUAUUGUAUUUCUGUGUGCUGCUGCUGCACUUUGCCUGCACCUUUCUAUGUGUGCUCUUUUGCUAGAAUGCCUUGCUUGUUUCAGCAAGGAUUAACAAAGUUUCAUCACAUUUUUUUUUUUUUUUGGUCAUUUAGCAGAUGCUCUUAACCAGAGCGACUUACAGGAGCAAUUAGGGUUAAGUGCCUUGCUCAAGGGCACAUCGACAGAUUUUUCACCUAGUCAGCUCGGGGAUUAGAACCAGUGACCUUUCGGUUACUGGCACAACGCUCUUAACCACUAAGCUACCUGCCGCCCCAUAAAAUAUACUUUGAUUUGUUUAACACUUUUUUGGUUACUACAUGAUUCCAUAUGUGUUAUUUCAUAGUUUUGAUGUCUUCACUAUUAUUCUACAAUGUAAAAAAUAGUAAAAAUAAAGAAAAACCCUUGAAUGAGUAGGUGUGUCCAAACUUUUUGACUGGUAGUAUACAGUUGAAGUCAGAAGCUUACAUACACUUAGGUUGGAGUCAUUAAAACUCGUUUUUCAACCACUCCACAAAUUUCUUUUUAACAAACUAUAGUUUUGGCAAGUCAGUUAGGACAUCUACUUUGUGCAUGACACAAGUAUUUUUCCAACAAUUGUUUACAGACAGAUUAUUUCACUUAUAAUUCACUGUAUCACAAUAACAGUGGGUCAGAAGUUUACAUACACUAAGUUGACUGUGCCUUUAAACAGCUUGGAAAAUUCCAGAAAAUGAUGUCAUGGCUUUAGAAGCUUCUGAUAGGCUAAUUGACAUAAUUUGAGUAAAUUGAAGGUGUACCUGUGGAUGUAUUUCAAGGCCUACCUUCAAACUCAGUGCCUCUUUGCUUGACAUCAUAGGAAAAUCUAAAGAAAUCAGCCAAGACCUCAGUCUGGUUCAUCCUUGGGAGCAAUUUCCAAACGCCUGAAGGUACCACGUUCAUCUGUACAAACAAUAGUAUGAAUGUAUAAACACCAUGGGACCACGCAGCCGUCAUACCGCUCAAGAAGGAGAGGCGUUCUGUCUCCUAGAGAUGAAUGUACUUUAGUGCGAAAAGUGCAAAUCAAUCCCAGAACAACAGCAAAGGACCUUGUGAAGAUGCUGGAGGAAACAGGUACAAAACUAUCUAUAUCCACAGUAAAACGAGUCCUAUAUCGACAUAACCUGAAAGGCCGCCCAGCAAGGAAGAAGCCACUGGUGUAACUGAGUCAGGUUUGUAGGCCUUCUUGCUCGCACACACUUUUUCAGUUCUGCCCACAGAUUUUCUAUAGGAUUGAGGUCAGGGCUUUGUGAUGGCCACUCCAAUACCUUGACUUUGUUGUCCUUAAGCCAUUUUGCCACAACGGCCAGGUAGGCGUCCACUGUAAUCCUCCGUGGGGGGGUUUAUUGCUUCAGCCCUAGAGGGGCAAAGGGGUGUAGGAGGGGUAGAGGGGUGUAGGAGGGGUAGAGAGGUGUAGGAGGAGUGUAGGAGAGGUAGAGGGGUGUAUGAGGGGUAGAGGGGUGUAUGAGGAGUGUAGGGGUACAGUCCCUGGUGGUCAAGGCAAAACAGGAAGGAAUCCAACAGACUAAAACGUCUUUGUUCCGUCUGAGUUGGAGUAGAGUUACAGAAAGACAACCCAUACCCCCUCCCACACACACACACACACACACACACCUUCAACAAACCCUGUUGCCAUCCGGCUCUACUCUCUAUAUUUGUGGAGCCGUCAGAGCACAGUAGAAGUAGGGAUCAGACACAUUCUUCACACACACACAGCUACUACAACACCAUACACAGGUAUGUCUGCCUGGCUCUGCUGCUGAUAUAAGGAGGGAGAUUGGAGGAUUGGUAGGAGAAGCUUUAUUUUCCCUGGGACUGGAACUGGGCCUUACCUUGGCAGGGUCGGCUAUGCUGUCACCUGUGUUUGUUGUUGUAGUAGAGCUGUGUGUGUGUGUGGCUUGGGCGGUAUACCGUAAAUACCGGAUAGCACGGACCUUGCCCUCUGGCCUCUAGCUAGGCUACAUAAGAGAGUAGAGUAGAGAGUAGGUGUGUUUACUACAGUGCUAGGUCUAUACAGCACUAACGCUCCCAUCCUACAAGGCUUCCCUUGUGAGUUUACUGUAUACUGAAACACGCCUAUAAGAAUAAGACGCUACUGCUUAAGAUGCUAUUGCACAGCUACUGUGCCGACGUUUCUUUAAACUCAUCUUUAAAAUGGAUAGUGAUAGAGUGCUUAUUACUAUAAGUAGUUACUAGUUUGUUAGAAAUACUCAAUUGGGACUCGUUCCCAGUGUGGAAGGGUAGUUGACUCGUUCCCAGUGUGGGAGGGUAGUUGACUCGUUCCCAGUGUGGGAGGGUAGUUGACUCGUUCCCAGUGUGGGAGGGUAGUUGACUCGUUCCCAGUGUGGGAGGGUAGUUGACUCGUUCCCAGUGUGGGAGGGUAGUUGACUCGUUCCCAGUGUGGGAGGGUAGUUGACUCGUUCCCAGUGUGGAAGGGUAGUUGACUCGUUCCCAGUGUGGGAGGGUAGUUGACUCGUUCCCAGUGUGGGAGGGUAGUUGACUCGUCCCCAAGAGGGAGGGGUAGCGAGGGAGGGUGUGAGUGAAUCACUUUGAAAGAAAACAAACUGAAAGUGAGCGUCCUUAUUGUGGAGUCCUUAACAAAGCCAGUUUUCAACAUGACACGGUGUAUCUAAUGAUAGUGACAGAAAAACAGCCUUUCUCUCUCAACGCUCUGAAUGCCAGGGCAGAUGCCUGAGCUGGUAUAGCAGCUGCCUUGAUACAGCUGAAAACAAACUCUGUUUGACUAACAAGAGAUAUAAUGGUCCCCUUCUUGCCUAACACCCCAGGGGGUUGGAGGGUUUAGGGCACGGUAACACCAAGGGGAUGGGACUGUAAUGUACCCCCAGCAGGGUGAGAGGGGUGGGGGUGGGAGGGGGAGGGGGGCUACCUGGCUGUUCACUCUGGCUCGCUUGGGUAACAGGGCGGAGGGUGGAACAUAACAGAAUAGAAGAGAACAUAGUGUGGCACAGAGAACCCUACCUUGCCAAGUCUCUCUCUCUCGCUCUCUCUCUCUCUCUGAGGGUUUUCUAUGUGAGGUUCAUCAGACCUAAAUUCAGUGUCCAGCACAACAAUCCACACUCAGACCAUAAUGUACCCUGCCGCACCCUCCAUAAUACCCUGACCUUACAUCUCCCCUCUAUAGUGAAGCCAUAAAUGUGUCUGGCAGCGGUUGGCUCUAGUCUGCCUCCUAAAUGGCACCCUUUUCCCUUUGUACUGCACUACUUUUGACCAAAGCCCUGCACUCUGCACUAUAUAGGAAAAUGGAAUGCUAUUUUGGACAAAGCCUCAGUCUGGCAGUGGUUGGAUCUAGGUCUCUGGCUCUAGCUUCCUCUCCUUUCCUCUGCUGUUGAGACAGGCGGCCAGAUCUCCUGUGGAUGUUGCUCUGCUCUGCUGUGAGGUUCUAGAUGAAAAUACUGUAACUGCUUUACUUUGACCUACUUCUCAAAGAUUGAUGUAAUCCCUAAGCAGAUGGUUGUGUGUUAUGCGAGAGAACGAGAGAGAGAGAAGUAGGGAGAGAAAAGAGAGAAUGAAUGUCUUGGUUAACUUAGCCGCAGGUAUCUUUCCAAUGUAUUCCCCUGGGAUUUGUAUGGAUACCGCCUGCCUGGUCUGGAUGAGGCUUUGAGAGGUUAUUUUCAUUAGACUGUUGCACAACUGAGUUGUUGUUUUUUCAUCGUUCCUCUGUUAACUGGUCGUGUGCUGUAACCCAGUUCACUGCAGGAAUGGGACAUUUGACUAUAGUUACAGAAGCAGGGCAUAUAGUAUGCUAUUUAUGCAACAGAAAGCAGGGCAUAAAGAAUGCUAUGUAUGCAACACAAAGAUAAUUGACACAGUACUGUGUGUGUGCAUGUGGCGUGCGUGAGUGACCAAGCGUGUGCGCAUGUAUUUCGGUUUGUGUGAGAGAAAGUGAGAUAGAGAGCAUAAUCUCUCUCUCGGCAGCUGUGUUGGUUUACUGGAGAGUUAGAUGUUAGAGGAGACUGUUCAGAGCUGUGUUGGUUUACUGGAGAGUUAGAUGUUAGAGGAGACUGUUCAGAGCUGUGUUGGUGUAAUGGAGAGUUAGAUGUUAGAGGAGACUGUUCAGAGCUGUGUUGGUGUAAUGGAGAGUUAGAUGUUAGAGGGGACUGUUCAGAGCUGUGUUGGUGUAAUGGAGAGUUAGAUGUUAGACGAGACUGUUCAGAGCUGUGUUGGUGUAAUAGAGAGUUAGAUGUUAGAGGAGACUGUUCAAAGCUGUGUUGGUGUAAUGGAGAGUUAGAUUGGCAUCAAGGUAACAAUAGCCCUGCCAGGGUCCUAUUAGCCCUCACAAACACACUCUCCCAAGCUGCUGCUGCUGCGUGUAUGCGUUCGUGCGCGAGUGUGUUAUCCUCAAGGCCAGGUAUGCAAAUCCCGAGGGAAUCACUCAGUGAGAAUCAUCGACCAUAGCAAACCUCUGGACAAACGGUGAUUGAGUCCUUAAAGAGUGACUGCCUUUAAAAAGCAACGGAUCCCUUUGAAAACAGUCUAUGUGGCAUCGAUAUGAGUCAGAAACAGUUGUUCUAGUGUCAAAAUUGACUACAAAGUGUAAAUAGGAUCAUUUUGGUCAUAAAGUCAGUCUUGUCUAAUAUGGAGUUUGGAACAUCUGUGCGUCACAACGGGUAAAUAAAGGUUUGGUUUUGAUUUGAUGAUGUCCAUUUGCCCACUAACAUCGGAUGAACAGCUGCAGUGAUUUCUCUCUAUCCAAAGGCAUAGACAGUGAGAAAGACCUGCCCAGUAGCUCCGACUUUGUUUACAUAAGACAACACGUCACACAUUUCUUUACUUGAGAAAUACUGCACCAAACACAUUAGUUAGAUGUAAAAUUGCACAACUAAAACAUCCUCUGCAAAAAAGUAAAAAUUAAUGACAGAUUUCUUGAGUUAUCUUAGAUUCAUUCUGGGAAUUUUGAGGAAGUAAAAGACUUCAGCGUCUCAUGAGGGACAAACAUCAUUAACCAAAUGCAGAAUGGUCAGGAAACACACCUCCAAGACUGAAAUCAUUUUUUUUUUAUGAGCAACAGAGAAACACUUGCCAAUUGGCGUGUUCAGUGGGCUCUUUAAGGCUCUCAGUUACUCCUAUCAUCACUGAACAGAGUCCAGUCGUCUCUCUGGUUCUUCCAUGACGUCAAAGAUACACUAAAAAGAUCUGAUAACGUUAUCCUGAUGGAUGUUUUACGUUUAUUCACAUUCCUUCUCUGGGGUAGAUAGCUUUGAAAGGUAGCUUUGUCAUUAGCGUUUUCCUACUCCGAUCGGCAUUCCCAUUCCAUUCUUUGAACUUCCUUCUUUGCAUUAGUCCUAUAUGUUCAUCCUCAUCUGUGCUCUGGGAUGGAGAAGGAUGCAAUUGCUGCCAGCAAUUUGGGGCGUUCCUGCCUGUGGGCAGUCCUGCAUCUGCAGGAACCCCUCUUUAUCCUUCUAUUGGUCCGUUUUUAAGCGAGUCCAGGCGGGAGGCGGGGACGCUCCAGUACAGUAGGUGGUGGUAAUGCACCAUAAUGUUGGGGGGAAUGCCCACAUGCAGGAGCGCCCCAAAUUGCAGGCCACAAUCACACACUAUUGCUGGGAUGUCCAGCAAAAGCUCCAGUGACCAUUGAUGACACAUGAACUUGACUUUUCCCAACUCAUAUUGCCCAAUGGCCGUGGAAUAUAAGUGACGCUAUUUUAUUCUCUAUACAUGUUCCGACUAUUAAUAGCCUGGUCCCACAUCUGUUUGUGAUGUCUUGCAUGACAGUGACCAUAGGAGUUGUCAAGGCAGCACAAACAGAUCUGGGACCAAACUACUUAGGGCCUCAACCCAAAAUACCAUGCUGUUAAUACUAGCUGUCAUACUAGCUGUCAAGCCAAUCACAGAGUACAAUCUCAGUGACCUCAUGCGUACAGUACAUACAUAUAUGAGUCCAGUUAAAGACAGCCCAAGAAUGUCAUAAUAAGUAGCCGUUGUAACCACCCCCCUUUUCUUCUCUCUCUGAGACACUCCAAGCAGUGACUUGGGGAAUCCUGUCAUUGACCCAUCUACCAACACUGUUGAGUAAAGUGUAACUUACUUGCAGGAGUAAACUUCAUUACAUGAGACUGUGUGGAGUGUUUUGUUGGCCCCAUGGAGCGUGGGACACUGUUACUGGGGGUAGAAUGGGUUAGGAUGACUGGGGGAAGAGGGGCUCUGGAAUACCGGCCAAGGCUCUGGAAUGUCAUUGUGUUCUUCGUUCCUAUUCGGAAUGUUCCAAGUUCUAUCUGGCUGAUGGUUCUUUUUAGCAAUUAGAUGCGAUAUCACUGCUGGGUCCAGAUUGUUCCAGGCAAGCAGGACAAGAGCGGGGUCUAUACAAGCCCAGAGAAAAGGCUCUACUGUCCUUUCUGCGCUGCCCAGGAACGGGAGGAAUGUGGGCAGGCGGGGCCCAGAACAGAACAGCUAAAACCCCCUCAUGAAUUUUUAAAGGCCUUUCUCAUUCAAAGCAGGGUCUGGCUCUCAGCGUGUGGCCCUGGGCAGGGCGGGCCGGGAGGUGUAGCAGAAGAGUGGGUAGCGGCCGGUUGGAGAGCGGAGCUGGCACCCUCUUUACAUAACAGCCAGGGUGGGGGGAUAUUGGGUAUCCCGGGUCUGGGAGAUAAUGGCCACUCACUCCGUCCGUGCGGCUAGACUAUCCAGGUGCAUUCUUGGCGCUGCCGUGCGUGUCUGGAGAGAAUGGGGGGAACAAGAGAGAGGGAGAAAAAGAGAGACGGUACAUUAUAGAAGACGGUUCCAUUAGUUAGGCCAACAGUUGACCUUGUGCAGUUUCAUGGGACUUAUGAAUGAACAAACAAAUAACCUAGUCAUAUACAGGUAUACAGUUUAAAUAACCCACUCAUUUCUUUAUUUUUGUUAUUUUUUUAUUUAACCUUUAUUUAACUAGGCAAGUCAGUUAAGAACUAAUUCUUAUUUACAAUGACAGCCUACCAAAAGGCAAAAGGCCUCCUGCGGGGACGGGGGCUGGGAUUAAAAAUAAAAAUAUAGGACAAAACACACAUGACGAGACACCACAACACUACAUAAAGAGAGACCUAAGACAACAACAUAGCAUGGCAGCAACACAUGACAACACAGCAUGGUAGCAACACCACAUGACAACAACAUGGUAGCAACACAACAUGGCAGCAGCACAACAUGGUAGCAGAACAAAACAUGGUACAAACAUUAUUGGGCACAGACAACAGCACAAAGGCAAGAAGGUAGAGACAACAAUACAUCACGCGAAGCAGCCACAACUGUCAGUAAGAGUGUCCAUGAUUGAGUCUUUGAAUGAAGAGAUGGAGAUAAAACUGUCCAGUUUGAGUAUUUUUUGCAGCUCUUUCCAGUCGCUAGCUGCAGCGAACUGAAAAGAGGAGCGACCCAGGGAUGUGUGUGCUUUCGGUAGCCUCUUUAAUUCAGCCAGAGCGUUAUUGUGAAUGCAUCAGGGUGUACGAGCUGGGAAGAGAAGUGGUCUAUUGGAACAGAGCAGAGGCAUUGUUAGCCUCAAGGUUGAUUUAUUCUAAUUAGCACCAUGUCUGUUGAGCCUUGCAGAGGCCUAGUGGAGGCUUAGCAACAUGCUAAUUGUUUUAGGCCCUGUACCAAAUAGCACCCUAUUCCCUAUGUAGUGCACUGCUUUUGACAAGGGCCCAUAGGGAAUAGGGUGCCAUUUGGGACGCAUCCUUAGCCCCGUCUGCAUGCUGAUAGGCGCGCUACAUCAAUCACCAUUAGUUACAGCACCAACAGGUCUGUCUGCUGGAACGCCCAUAGAUAACUAUGACACACUGUGUGUGUGUGUGUGUCAAAACAAGUAAUUCUGCUCCAGGCCUUCUGCUAUCUGCCAGAGAAACAGCAUCCAUUUAGCAGAAUGAAUGACUAUACGUCAAUCAUUUCUCUGAUUUGUUGCCGUGUUAUAAGGAUUUGAGAUGCAUUCCGAGCUGAGACCUAGUUAGAGAGGUGGGUGGAUGCUCAAGGCUCACACAAUGGAGUUGUUUCCAGCUUUCCUGGCAAGAGGAGACCAAGGAAAGACUUAAUAGAAUCUACUUUUAUUAACACUCAUUUAACGAUUAUCUCAUGAAUUAUUUGCAACUAUUGCUAGGUUUCCAUCCAAUUGGUGACUGAUUUUCAUGCGAAUAUUCUACAAUCUGCAUAUAGAAAAUAUGCACAUUUUCCCACCAGUGGUGUGUUUCCACCAAACUGACUUGUUGCGGAUAAAAAUCAGUGUGUGAUGACGUAGUGCUCACAAAAUGUACUUUUUCACUUAAGUUUUCAUGUACCGAAUAAAAAUCUGUUGCGUUAAACAGCAAAUGUGCCUACUCUGGUCUUGACAGGUGCGCUCAACAGCUCGUAGGUACAGUGCGGGUAUGUGCGGGAAGUCUAGUCUACAUUAUGAGAUUAUUAGGGAUAAGACAAUAAUUGUAUUUAUCAAAUGGCAGUCAAGCAUCUAUCAUCAUGUCAGCAGAAUAAGACCAUCGAUAUUUAUUGGAAAGGAGCAAAAAGGUCACAGUGCACUUUCCCCACCCUGUAAAGUUCAUCAUAAGUUAUUUCAUCUGUAGCCUAAUAAACUGCCUGGUUUCCCGAGUCGUAGUGGGAGGACCACACACCAUAUCAUCGUGUGACUAAGUUUACUUCCAUAUCAAUAUUUGCGCAUAAAGGAGUUUCCACCUCCAUUUCUCGCAUAAUACAUUUUACUGACACAAAAAGAACCAUGUCGAAUGAACAAGUGAUCUGUCGGCAGUUAUAAAAUUGUACCAAAACUUCCUGUUUCCAUCACAGCUGUCGUGAUUUUUUUAAAAUAUACGGUAUGACUUUACUCGCAUAAAAACUGUGGAUGGAAAUGUGGUUAUAGUCAGUAGCAUUAGUCCAAUAGGAACUGCUAUUAAAGGGAUACUUCAUUCUGGGAACUCGUGGAUACCAUUUUUAUGUCUCUGUGUUCAGUAUGAAGUAAGUUAGAGGUAUUCACGAGCCAAUGCUAACUAGCGUUAGCACAAUGACUGGAAGUCUACAGGUACAGGAGCAUACGCUAGUGUACCUGUAGACUUCCAGUCAUUGCGCUAACUUUAGUUAGCAUUGGCUCUAGGAACUAUGUCUAACUUCCUUCAUACUGCACACAGGGACAUAAAAAGGGUAUCCAUGAGUUCAUCUGACUCUGGGUAAGUAGAAAAACUUAAUUGCCAGAAUCUUGCAGUAUCCCUUGAAGCAUAUUAAGUACAUUUUAGACAAUAGCCUUUCUGUGAGCCAUUCAAAAUGAUGAGGAGAUUGUUAUGUUUAAUAGAUUCCAAGAAACACAAACUGUGUACACUGUGCAGUCUUAGUUAUCCAUGCUGCAUUAUGUGUAAAGGACAUACUGUACAGUCUUACGUUAUCCAUGCUGCAUUAUGGGUAAAGGACAUACUGUACAGUCUUACGUUAUCCAUGCUGCAUUAUGGGUAAAGGACAUACUGUACAGUCUUACGUUAUCCAUGCUGCAUUAUGGGUAAAGGACAUACUGUACAGUCUUACGUUAUCCAGGCUGCAUUAUGGGUAAAGGACAUACUGUACAGUCUUACGUUAUCCAUGCUGCAUUAUGGGUAAAGGACAUACUGUACAGUCUUACGUUAUCCAUGCUGCAUUAUGGGUAAAGGACAUACUGUGCAGUCUUACGUUAUCCAUGCUGCAUUAUGGGUAAAGGACAUACUGUGCAGUCUUACGUUAUCCAUGCUGCAUUAUGGGUAAAGGACAUACUGUGCAGUCUUACGUUAUCCAUGCUGCAUUAUGGGUAAAGGACAUACUGUGCAGUCUUACGUUAUCCAUGCUGCAUUAUGGGUAAAGGACAUACUGUGCAGUCUUACGUUAUCCAUGCUGCAUUAUGGGUAAAGGACAUACUGUGCAGUCUUAUUUACAUUUACGUAAUUUAGCAGACGCUCUUAUCCAGAGUGACUUAAAAAUUGGUGCAUUCACCUUAUGAUAGCCAGUGGGACAACCACUUUACGGCAACACUUUGCCGAAUGGUGGAGUAGCUGGUCAGCUGUGGGGGAAUGGUGGAGUAGGUUGGUCAACUUUGGGGGAAUGGUGGAGUAGGCUGGUCAGCUGUGGGGGAAUGGUGGAGUAGGUUGGUCAGCUGUGGGGGAAUGGUGGAGUAGGUUGGGGAACUGUGGGGGAAUGGUGGAGUAGGUUGGUCAGCUGUUGGGGAAUGGUGGAGUAGGUUGGUCAGCUGUUGGGGAAUGGUGGAGUAGGUUGGUCAGCUGUUGGGGAAUGGAGGAGUAGGUUGGUCAACUGUGGGGGAAUGGUGGAGUAGGUUGGUCAGCUGUGGGGGAAUGGUGGAGUAGGCCAGGGUGGGUAACUGGCUUUUUUUUUUGUCAUUUAGCAGACGCUCUUAUCCAGAGCAAUUAGGGUUAAGUGUCUUGCUCAAGGACACAUUGACAGAUUUUUCACCUAGUCGGCUCGGGGAUUAGAACCAGCGACCUUUCGGUUACUGGCCCAACGCACAACGCUCUUAACCACUAAGCUACCUGCCGGGUAGCUUUGCAGGGUGACUAAGGGGUGGGCACUCAUUAUGAAGUUGAAUCUUAACCCCUUGUUGCGCUUUCUCCAUCCUUAAACUGCAAUGAAGGGAAGAGCAGUGAGAAGUAUAGAGAAAUGGAGAUGAAACUGAAUAAAGGGAAAUGUUGACUUGAUUUUGCUCCCUAUACAAUAUAAGGCCACAGAGAGGGAAAGCAGAUCUAAAAUAUAUUGUGCCUCAUUCAAUACAACUUUAUUUGUCCCUUUAGGGCAAUUACUAUUCAUCUCAAUUGGAGUGCUGAAGGUGUUGCCACUGAUAACAAUGUCUGGUCCAAUUCCAAUAGCUAUUUUCCUUGCUGAUCAUUAAGAAUUUACUUCAUAGUAUCUACCUAUAGGGAGGUACAAGGGAUGUGUGUGUGUGUGUGUGUGUGUGUGUGUGUGUGAGUAAGAAACUGUAAGUGUGUGUGUUAUCUGUGCCGUGACCUGCAUGGCAGUCUACCUGGAUGACCUCAUGGCUUGGCCCAGGUGACUGGUGUGAGGAGAAGCAGAAGCCUUCGAUCAGCGAACAGCUAGGCUGAGGUCAUGGUGAGAUAGGGGCCUGUGGAAAAACUGAUGCUACACUAACAUCUCAUCGGUCCCGGGCCCCACAGCAGUCAUAGCUCCCUGGGGAAACCCAAAAACGUGGGAGUAAAAAACAGACUGGGUGGUCAGAGCCCUCACGGCCAGACGAUACUGACCCAGUCCACCCCCACCAAACAACUGGUCUUCUUCUACGGAGACACACAUACACACACACACAUACACACAGACAUACAGGUACAGCUGACCCAGAGAAUGGCCCAGGAACAUUUAGACUUAGAUGGAUCGUUUUUGAAUCUUCCAACCCUUUUUAGGUUAAUGUUGGUCUCCUCUCCCUGUACCCCUCUUUCCAGAGCCGCGGCCUCGUAAAAACUUUAACAUACUUCCUCUGUUAUGACCUUGUGGAUCGCUAAGAUGAUGUCAUGAUGAUCUCUUGGACAGUCUGUUUUGGUUUUAUUGUCGUGCUUCAUAGCUAGAACCUGGCUCUGCUGUCUGAUCAUCUGCCUUUUAACGCUGGUGUUUUGCAGUGAUGAUAUCAUCAGAAUUUAAUUACAUUUUUAUUUCACCUUUAUUUAACCAGAUAAGCCAGUUGAGAACAAUUUCUCAUUUACAACUGCGACCUGGCCAAGAUAAAGCAAAGCAGUGCGAUUUAAAAACAACAACAACACAGAGUUACACAUGGGAUGAAACAAAACAUACAGUCAAUAACACAAUAUAAAAUCUAUAUACAGUGUGUGCAAAUGUAGUAAAUGAUGGAGGUAAGGCAAUAAAUAGAUUUUUGCAGUUCGUUCCAGUCAUUAGCAGCAGAGAACUGGAAGGAAUGGCGGCCAAAGGAGGUGUUGGCUUUGGGGAUGACCAGUGAGAUAUACCUGCUGGAGUGCAUGCUACGGGUGGGUGUUGCUAUGGUGACCAAUGAGCUAAGAUAAGGCGGGGAUUUGCCUAGCAGUGAUUUAUAGAUGACCUGGAGCCGGUGGGUUUGGCGACGAAUAUGUAGUGAGGGCCAGCCAACGAGAGCGUACAGGUCACAAUGGUGGGUAGUAUAUGGGGCUUUGGUGACAAAACGGAUGGCACUGUGAUAGACUACAUCCCAUUUGCUGAGUAGAGUGUUGGAGGCUAUUUUGUAAAUGACAUCGCCGAAGUCAAGGAUCGGUAUAAUAGUCAGUUUUACGAGGGCAUGUUUGGCAGCAUGAGUGAAGGAGGCUUUGUUGCGAAAUAGGAAGCCGAUUCUAGAUUUAACUUUGGAUUGGAGAUGCUUAAUGUGAGUCUAGAAGGAGAGUUUACGGUCUAACCAGACACCUAGGUAUUUGUAGUUGUCAACAUAUUCUAAGUCAGACCCGCCGAAAGUAGUGAUUCUAGUCGGGCAGGCGGGUGCAAGCAGCGUUCGAUUGAUGAGCAUGCAUUUAGUUUUACUAGCGUUUAAGAGCAGUUGGAGGCUACGGAAGGAGUGUUGUAUGGCAUUGAAGCUCGUUUGUAGGUUUGUUAACACAGUGUCCCAUGAAGGGCCAGAUGUAUACAAAAUGGUGUCGUCUGCGUAUAGGUGGAUCUGAGAGUCACCGGCAGCAAGAGCGACAUGAUAUGAUAUACACAGAGAUGGUGGCUGGGGUAGGGGUAGCCAGGUGGAAAGCAUGGCCAGCCGUAGCAAAAUGCUUAUUGAAAUUCUCGAUUAUCGUACAUUUAUCGGUGGUGACAGUGUUUCCUAGCCUCAGUGCAGUGGGCAGCUGGGAGGAGGUGCUCUUAUUCUCCAUGGACACAUCGACAGUACAGUGUCCCAAAACAUUUUGGAGUUAGUGCUACAGGAUGCACAUUUCUGUUUGAUAAAGCUAGCCUUUGCUUUCCUAACUGAUUGUGUAUAUUGGUUCCUGACUUCCCUGAAAAGUUGCAUAUCGCGGGGGCUGUUUGAUGCUAAUGCAGUACGCCACAGGAUGUUUUUGUGCUGGUCAAGGGCAGUCAAGUCUGGGGUGAACCAGGGGCUAUAUCUGUUCUUAGUUCUGAAUUUUUUUGAAUGGGGCAUGCUUAUUUAAGAUGGAGAGGAAAGCACUUUUAAAGAACAACCAGGCAUCCUCUACUGACGGAAUGAGGUCGAUAUCCAUCCAGGAUACCCGGGCCAGGUAAUUAGAAAGGCCUGCUUGUUGAAGUGUUUUAGGGAGCGUUUGACAGUGAUGAGGGGUGGUCGUUUGACCGCGGACCCAUUACGGACGCAGGCAAUGAGGCAGUGAUCGCUGAGAUCCUGGUUGAAGACAGCGGAGGUGUAUUUAGAGGGUAAAUUAGUCAGGAUGAUAUCUAUGAGGGUGCCCAUGUUUACGGAUUUAGGGUUGUACCUGGUAGGUUCCUUGAUAAUUUGUGUGAGAUUGAGGGCAUCUAGUUUAGAUUGUAGGACGGCCGGGGUGUUAAGCAUAUCCCAGUUUAGGUCACCAAGCAGUACGAACUCUGAGGAUAGAUGGGGGGCAAUCAAUUCACAUAUGGUGUCCAGGGCACAGCUGGGGGCUAAGUGGGGGUCUGUAGCAAGCGGCAACAGUGAUAGACUUAUUUCUGGAGAGGUGGAUUUUUAGAAGUAGAACUGUUUGGGCACAGACCUGGAUAGUAUGAUAGAGCUCUGCAGGCUAUCUCUACAGUAGAUUGCAACUCCGUCCCCCCGUGUACCUGUGUCUUAACCAUGUCUCUCUGUGUCUUAACCAUAUGUCUCUCUGUGUCUUAACCGUAUGUCUCUCUGUGUCUUAACCAUGUCUCUCUGUGUCUUAACCAUAUGUCUCUCUGUGUCUUAACCGUAUGUCUCUCUGUGUCUUAACCGUAUGUCUCUCUGUGUCUUAACCAUAUGUCUCUCUGUUUCUGAACCAUAUGUCUCUCUGUGUCUUAACCAUAUGUCUCUCUGUGUCUUAACCGUAUGUCUCUCUGUGUCUUAACCGUAUGUCUCUCUGUGUCUUAACCGUAUGUCUCUCUGUGUCUUAACCGUAUGUCUCUCUGUGUCUUAACCGUAUGUCUCUCUGUGUCUUAACCGUAUGUCUCUCUGUGUCUUAACCGUAUGUCUCUCUGUGUCUUAACUGUAUGUCUCUGUGUCUUAACCGUAUGUCUCUCUGUGUCUUAACCGUAUGUCUCUCUGUGUCUUAACCGUAUGUCUCUCUGUGUCUUAACCGUAUGUCUCUCUGUGUCUUAACCGUAUGUCUCUCUGUGUCUUAACCGUAUGUCUCUCUGUCUCUUAACCGUAUGUCUCUCUGUCUCUUAACUGUAUGUAUAUGUGUCUUAACCGUAUGUAUCUGUGUAUUAACCAUAUGUCUCUCUGUGUAUUAACCAUAUGUUUAAUAUAAUAAUAUUAAUUAAUAUUAAUAUUUAAUAAUAUAAUAUAAUCUUAACCAUAUGUCUCUCUGUGUCUUAACUAUAUGUCUCUGUGUCUUAACCAUAUGUCUCUGUGUCUUAACCAUAUGUCUCUCUGUCUUAACCAUAUGUCUCUCUGUUUCUUUGUGUUUUCUAGACGGAGGCCAUGCGGCGGGCCCUGAAGGAGCUGGGCCUGAACAUCGUUGAGAUGUCUGAUGAGAACGCCACUCUGGACGGAGGGGACGUCCUCUUUACAGGUACACCACAACAUCCCUCCAACCACAUGUCAGUACACACACAUCCCACCAAUCACAUGUGACAUGCCCUUAUCACAGGUACACCACAACAUCCCUCCAACCACAUGUCAGUACACACACAUCCCACCAAUCACAUGUGACAUGCCCUUAUCACAGGUACACCACAACAUCCCUCCAACCACAUGUCAGUACACACACAUCCCACCAAUCACAUGUGACAUGCCCUUAUCACAGGUACACCACCACAUCCCACCAAUCACAUGUCGGUACACACACAUCCCACCAAUCACAUGUGACAUGCCCUUAUCACAGGUACACCACCACAUCCCACCAAUCACAUGUCGGUACACACACAUCCCACCAAUCACAUGUGACAUGCCCUUAUCACAGGUACACCACCACAUCCCACCAAUCACAUGUCGGUACACACACAUCCCACCAAUCACAUGUGACAUGCCCUUAUCACAGGUACACCACCACAUCCCACCAAUCACAUGUCGGUACACACACAUCCCACCAAUCACAUGUGACAUGCCCUUAUCACAGGUACACCACCACAUCCCACCAAUCACAUGUCGGUACACACACAUCCCACCAAUCACAUGUGACAUGCCCUUAUCACAGGUACACCACCACAUCCCACCAAUCAAACACCAUUAUCACCAUUACCUGCCAAGGCCACUGCCACCACCAUCAUUGAUCACUAUGGAAACUGCUAUAUUCAGUGAACUAAACUGUUAUAUCAUGCAAAUGAUAUGACCUAUCACCACAGGGGUGUGAGUAAACAUUGUUCAGAAUAAUUGUAACUCUGAAUAGUCAAGUAGUUGAUUUGACCUGAACUAAAAUGGCAAAUUACAAACUGACUGACUGCUGGUAUCAUUUCUAUGCAUGAUUGAAAAUGAUUUGCUCAAAUGGAAACGUAACCUCCCCCCACACAAACACAAACACGCACAUGCACAAACACACCACCUCAUUUCAUCAGCUGCCUUGUUCCACAUCAGGCAUCUCACAAUAAACCUGAUGGGAGCAGAGGUAGAGAAAUCGAGUCGAGGUCUUUAUUAUGUUCCCUCUCUGUUCAUUCUGUACGCUGUGCAGGGCUUGGAAAAAGCCCUAGAACACUUAAUUGAGUUUCUAGACGUUGGCUCUCUCUCCGUGGUGUGUUCCUCCCAUCUCAUCCAGCUGAAAUGGGUUUCACAUGGCAGGCAGGGCUAGAAACAUUUCCUCUUGGCAACGUCGUCGCUAAUGGCUAAUUUGUAAAAGCUCAGCAGCUACGCCCAUUCGCUCUGCUCUGGAGCGGUGAGCAAAACGUUCAGGCCACUCUCUGUUUCUAUCUUUCUAUUUAUCUCUCUCUGUCUAUGCCUCUCUUCUCUCUCUCCAUCUCUCUCUCUCCAUACUGACCACAGUUUGUCGUCUGUUUCUCCUCAGGUAGAGAAUUCUUUGUGGGCCUUUCCAAACGGACCAAUCAGAGAGGAGCUGAGAUCCUGGCGGACGCGUUCAAGGUGAGUGAGAGCAGACUAGAGCAGUGCACCCUGGGAAUAUUCAGACUGACUUCCUGUGUCAUCAAGCCACCAUUAGUGAGGUAAUCCUGGUCUCAUUCAGGGGUCUCAAGGGCUACAGUGCAUUCUAAUCAGCUAUUGAUUAGGACAUUGAUUAGUUGGCAAACCUGGUGUAUCUGGAAUCUAUUGCCAGUUAAUGAGAUUAAUUGAUUGAAUUAGUACCAAAGAGAAACCAGAGAAAGCCUGCACAUACUGUACUGAGAUGAUAGAGGACUGGAAGAUGGCCUUGGCUUUCAGAUCAGUGCAUAUACUGUAGGUAGAUAGAGCUCUGGAGAAGAGGGUCAUUCCAGAGGUCUUGGAUUCAACCCCAGUCACCUUAACACUUACACACACGCACACACAGUCAGAAGGCCUUUUCUGACUUGUAAGGUCAUGGGGUCCUGGAGAGUUCAACCCCCAACAAUAAUCUGACCGUUUCUCACUGCUCCUGUCUGUGACUAAUUUAAAUUCCACCAUCGUAUCUCUCUCAGCCUCUCACUUUUCUUCGUUAUCCUUGCUAAGUCGGGUCUUGAUGAUGCAGCUUUUUCCCCUCCUACUGUUUUUCCCUCCUUCCUUUAUCAAAUGUAGGACCAUUGUACAGCCUGUUGUGGUCAGACCAGGAUUAACCACAGAUGUGAGUUAGGGGUUGGAUGUGGAAAAGGAAAUACUCUGAUGUGAUUGAGGGGUUGGAUGUGGAAAAGGAAAUUAUCUUCUCCUUUAUGAUCCUUGUUGAGUGGGGGAAACGGAGGGAAGGGAGGAGGUCAAAGUGCAGGGGAGACGUCUGUACCAGGCUAUUGUCUCACAUUCAGGGUCACAACACUGUACAGCUUGUCAGACACCAUAAAGAAAACUUCCCCUGUAAAUUAAGGAACAUACAGAACAAUCAGGAUAGCGGAACUUCUCACUCAAAACUUAUAUCAAAGCUGAACACAUCUCUGGGAUUCCCCACAAUAUGAUAAGUUGUUAUCAUGUCUCUCACAAUAAGCUCAGGGGAAGGCAUUUGCCUGCUGCUAUCCCUUUGAAUCACUGUUUGGGCUAAACUGUCUUUCCACUGAUAAGGAAUGACGACAGUUUGAUUAAGUGGCCCACUUUGCUUUGAUUCAUUCAAAGGAACUCUGAGGGUUGAGUUAAGAGAGCAGGAAAGACUUUGGUGAUGAGGGGAAGAGAACAAUUUCACACAUGAUAAACUGUCAGGAAAUGCCGUUCCUUGUUCCAGUCAGAGAGGAGAUUUGCUUUGAUCUAGGCCGACUCUUAAGCAAAAGUAAGUUAAAUUAAGUAACAUUUAGCAAGUAAGUUAAAUUAACUUUUCCCUUAAUAUGGACCAGGCCAGAGAAACAGGGGCAGGAAUUAUGUUUCAGAUAUGGGUCAGCUAUGACAGAGGAGAGUGAAUUGACACUCCAAAUAACAUGUCCAUUCCUGCCACAGUGGACCUGGGAAUCGAACCCAGUGGACCUGGGAAUCGAACCCAUGUCACAAGAAGACAACGUACUCCAGAAGCUCACCACUAGCCCACCAAAACCAUGGAACAGGGGACAAUGUACUGCAACCAUGGGGUAGUUUUGGUAUGACAGAGCAGAGCAAGAUGCCACUCCACAUCAUCAGUCUCUGUCUGAGCAGCAGCCAGGAAGCCAUAUAGGAGUGUCUGGCACGUGAGGCCAGAGGAACAGGUAGCUAGCUCCCAGUAAGAACGGUCCUAAAACCACCGCUGUAAUUACAGACAGAGGGGAGGGGCUAGUGGCCUGGGGCUCUGGUGACCUCACCUCUCAGACCCUCAACUAAAUCAGUGGCCUAGGGCUUUGGUGAACUCAUCUGUCAAACUCUCAACCAAUGCCGGUUAGGUUACCUUUCCCACUGGGGCCUGUUUAGUCCAAUAACAUUAGUGUGUGUAAUGCAGUAGGGUUAUUGUGUGUCUGCAGGACUAUGUCCAGGGUCCCUGUAAUGCAGUAGGGUUAUUGUGUGUCUGCAGGACUAUGUCCAGGGUCCCUGUAAUGCAGUAGGGUUAUUGUGUGUCUGCAGGACUAUGUCCAGGGUCCCUGUAAUGCAGUAGGGUUAAUGUGUGUCUGCAGGACUUUGUCCAGGGUCCCUGUAAUGCAGUAGGGUUAUUGUGUGUCUGCAGGACUAUGUCCAGGGUCCCUGUAAUGCAGUAGGGUUAUUGUGUGUUUGCAGGACUACGCUGUGUCCACCGUUCCCGUCACUGAUGGUCUACAUCUGAAGAGCUUCUGCAGCAUGGGAGGACCAGGCCUCAUCGUGAUUGGCUCCAGCGAACCGGCCCAGAAAGCCCUGAAGGUAUGGGUCACCAAUGAGUGUAUGGGUCAUGCAAGAUAGGACUAUGUUCUUACUUUCCUUUGCGGCAUCUCUUGUUAAUUACGUUUAGUUUAAUAGUGUUUGCAGAAAACAUAACUGAAAUAUACUUUCCCAUCCCAUCCUCAUUUAUUUUUAAGCACGACCAAUAGAUAUUCUUUCCAUUCUUAUACAAGCACAAAAUGAUGAAAACAUUACAGUGCUUACUAUCUUUCUCCUUUCAGGAGCUGUUGCAAUUUACCCAUCAUCAUGGCUCGACAUUUGCCCAAUCAUUUUGUGCUUGUGUUACAUUUCAAUAAAAUAUAAAUGGAACACAUAAACAGCUCUUAAUGCACAGUUAAGUUUGCAAACCUAAACUUUUGAUAUAUUUUCUUCAAGUUCUUAGUGGUAAAAUGAGGUCUUUGUAUUGAGGGAUCAUUUCGCCCUUGGCCAUCAUGUUGAGAUUAUCUCGGAGAUCAUAUUGCCCGAUCUCACCUCAACUCUGAUUCAUAUAGAACAAACAAGUGAGGUAAGCACACUGCAUUGAGAAGAUGGCUUCUUCAGUGAAAAGCAACAGUAUAGUUGACAGUUGACUGGGCAAUGCAUGGUUCACUUCUAGGUCACUUUUCAUUUUGGAGGAGCUUCCAUAAAUCCAAAGCCCCGAAGCAUUACAUUAGCCUGAAGCACCAGAGAGUGACCUAGGAGAGGAAUGAUUGGAUCUUUGGGGGAUUUGGAAUGUUGUCAUUGCCUUUCCCCAGGUACUCCCAAAUUUAACUUUGACUGGGACUGUAGUCAUGUAAACCUAUCAAGUUUAAAGAGUAUUUAUUUUACAUUGACGCAGGUUUUUUCUGUUAAUAUUUUGGUUUUUGGCUCUGUCUCUAGAUACUGUAACUGUACCACACUGUGCUCCUUCCUUCCUUCCUUCCUUCCUUCCUUCCUUCCUUCCUUCCUUCCUUCCUUCCUUCCUUCCUUCCUUCCUUCCCCCUCUGUCAGGUAUUCACCGUGCUGCGUAACACAGCAAGACAGGACAUCACACGUGUUGACUCAGUACCCCCCACCACCACCUCACACACACCUCCAGAUCACGGAGGCAUGUUGUUACCUCCUGCCUUUCAUGGAGGCAUGUUGCUACCUCCUGCCUUUCAUGGAGGCUGUUGCUACCUCCUGCCUUUCAUGGAGGCUGUUGCAAUAAAUCUCUGCCUGUUCUUUUCUGAUGGACAGAUACACAGAAUUCCCUGUCACCAAGGCAGAAGACUGACAUGCACACACCAAACCACACUACAGACAGUAGUGGUGUACACACGCCUGGCACGCAGCUCUGUGUCAAUACACAGUACACGGUACAGACACGCAGCUCUGUGUCAAUACACAGUACACGGUACAGACACGCAGCUCUGUGUCAAUACACAGUACACGGUACAGACACGCAGCUCUGUGUCAAUACACAGUACACGGUACAGACACGCAGCUCUGUGUCAAUACACAGUACACGGUACAGACACGCAGCUCUGUGUCAAUACACAGUACACGGUACAGCCACGCAGCUCUGUGUCAAUACACAGUACACGGUACAGACACGCAGCUCUGUGUCAAUACACAGUACACGGUACAGACACGCAGCUCUGUGUCAAUACACAGUACACGGUACAGACAUGCAGAUCUGUGUCAAUACACAGUACACGGUACAGACACGCAACAGAAUGUUACACAUUUGAAACCUCACAGACAAGACAACUCACACACCUGAGACACACACACACACCCGAGACACACACACACCCGAGACACACACACACCCGAGACACACACACCCGAGACACACACACCCGAGACACACACACACACCUGAGAGUUAACAGCCAGGCGUUCUCAGUCGUAGGGUUCCUCCUCAUCUGCCUCUUCAGGGAGACGUCGCCCCCUACUGGCCCAGGGCUGCAGAGGGUUGUAACACUGUCAGUAGGUUGAGAGGAACCAUCUACACACUUCAACCACAGACAGACAGACACAAUCCAAGUACACAUCUCUUUAUGUGGAUCCCCAUUAGCAGCUACAAUUGCAUCAGCUACUCUUCCUGUGGUCCACAAGUAUCCUUAUCAGUGAGAUGUGUAAAGACUGCAUAGAUUUGUCCCCUAUGUUAUCCUCAUUUAACACACUAAGGCAAACAUAUCCACAUACUAGUUAAAUACACUGCUAAUUAAUUAUUAGGUCAUGGUGAUAGCUAACUAAUACAACACACUUUUAUUUGAUACACACUGGAGCCCCAUUAAGAUGUCAUACUAUUAGCAAGCCUGUUAAUUAGCUACUGGAGAGAAAGAGAGAGAAGGCCAUUAGCAUGAGUUAAUGACAGAGUGUCUCACAGCAUUGUAAUUACAGAUUACAUCACCCCCUCUCCAACAUGCAAUUACCUGUGGUUAUAAAAUACUUUAAUGAAUGUCUGAGAUCACAUUUCCAAUUAGGUAAUGUUCUGCUCAGGGUGAAAGUGACUGGGGUCUUGUGAAUGUAGCUGUAAUGAACGUAAAGGGGUGGUUGUGAAUGCUAUUCUAACGAAUGCAAAUGGGUUGCUGUUGUUGUGAAUAUACACUACCGGUCAAAAGUUUUAGAACACCUACUCAUUCAGGGGUUUUUCUUUAUUUUUACUAUUUUCUACAUUGUAGAAUAAUAGUGAAGACAUCAAAACUAUGAAAUAACACAUAUGGAAUCAUGUAGUAACCAAAAAAGUAUUAAAGAAAAUAUAUUUUAUAUUUGAGAUUCUUCAAAUAACCACCCUUUGCCUUGAUGACAGCUUUGCACACUCUUGGCAUUCUCUCAACCAGCUUCAUGAGGAAGUCACCUGGAAUGCAUUUCAAUUAACAGGUGUGCCUUGUUAAAAGUUAAUUUGUGCAAUGUCUUUCCUUCUUAAUGUGUUUGAGUCAAUCAGUUGUGUUGUGACAAGGUAGGGGACAUGGGGCGGCAGGUAGCUUAGUGGGUAAGAGCGUUGUGCCAGUAACCGAAAGGUCACUGGUUCUAAUCCCCGAGCCGACUAGGUGAAAAAUCUGUCGAUGUGCCCUUAAGCAAGGCACUUAACCCUAAUUGCUCCUGUAAGUCGCUCUGGAUAAGAGCGUCUGCUAAAUGGCGUAAAUGUAAAUGUAAAUGUAGGGGGGUAUACUGAAGAUAGCCCUAUUUGGUAAAAGACCAAGUCCAUAUUAUGGCAAGAACAGCUCAAAUAAGCAAAGAGAAACGACAGUCCAUCAUUACUUUAAGACAUGAAGGUCAGUCAAUACGGAACAUUUCAAGAACUUUGAACGUUUUUUCAAGUGCAGUCGCAAAAACCAUCAAGCGCUAUGAUGAAACUGGCUCUCCUGAGGACCAUCGCAGGAAUGGAAGACCCAGAGUUACCUCUGCUGCAGAUGAUAAGUUCAUUAGAGUUACCAGCCUCAAAAAUUGCAGCCCAAAUAAAUAUUUUACAGAGUUCAAGUAGCAGACACAUCAACUGUUCAGAGGAGACUGUGUGAAUCAGGCCUUCAUUGUCGAAUUGCUGCAAAGAAACCACUACUAAAGGACAACAAUAAGAAGAAGAUACUUGCUUGGGCCAAGAAACACGAGCAAUGGACAUUAUGUGUCCUUUGAUCUGGAGUCCAAAUUGGAGAUUUUUGGUUCCAACCGCCGUGUCUUUGUGAGACGCGGUGUGGGUGAACGGAUGAUCUCCGCAUCAAAUCAAAUCCAAUUGUAUUUGCCACAUGUGCCGAAUACAACAGGUGUAGACAUUACAGUGAAAUGCUUACUUACAAGCCCUUAACCAACAAUGCAUUUUUUUUUUAAAUACAAAAAAAAAAAAGUGUUAAGUAAAACAAUUAAAGCAAAUAACUAAAGAGCAGCAGUAAAAUAAAAUAACAGUAUGGAGGAUAUAUAUAGGGGGGUACCGGUACAGAGUCAAUGUGCGGGGGCACCAGCUAGUCGAGGUAAUUGAGGUAAUAUGUACAUGUGGGUAGAGUUAAAGUGACUAUGCAUGAAUAAUAAACAGAGUAGCAGCAGCGUAAAAGAGGGGGAUGGGGUGGGGUGGGAUGGGGGGGCAGUGCAAAUAGUCCGGGUAGCCAUGAUUAGCUGUUCAGGAGUCUUAUGGCUUGGGGGUAGAAGCUGUUGAGAAGCCUUUUGGACCUAGACUUGGCGCUCCGGUACCGCUUGCCGUGCGGUAGCAGAGAGAACAGUCUAUGACUAGGGUGGCUGGAGUCUUUGACAAUUUUUAGGGCCUUCCUCUGACACCGCCUGGUAUAGAGGUCCUGGAUGGCAGAAAGCUUGGCCCCAGUGAUGUACUGGGCCGUACGCACUACCCUCUGUAGUGCCUUGCGGUCGGAGGCCGAGCAGUUGCCAUACCAGGCAGUGAUGCAACCAGUCAGGAUGCUCUCGAUGGUGCAGCUGUAUAACUUUUUGAGGAUCUGAGGACCCAAGCUAAAUCUUUUCAGUCUCCUGGGGGGGAAUAGGCUUUGUCGUGCCCUCUUCACGACUGUCUUGGUGUGUUUGGACCAUGAUAGUUUGUUGGUGAUGUGGACACCAAGGAACUUGAAGCUCUCAACCUGUUCCACUACAGCCCCGUCGAUGAGAAUGGGGGCGUGCUCAGUCCUCUUUUUUUUUUCCUGUAGUCCACAAUCAUCUCCUUUGUCUUGAUCACGUUGAGGGAGAGUUUGUUAACCUGGCACCACACGGCCAGGUCUCUGACCUCCUCCCUAUAGGCUGUCUCAUCGUUGUCGGUGAUCAGGUCUACCACUGUUGUGUCGUCGGCAAACUUAAUGAUGGUGUUGAUGGGCCCCCGUGUUGAGGAUCAGCGUGGCAGAUGUGUUGUUACCUACCCUUACUACCUGGGGGCGGCCCUUCAGGAAGUCCAGGAUCCAGUUGCAGAGGGAGGUGUUUAGUCCCAGGGUCCUUAGCGUAGUGAUGAGCUUUGAGGGCACUAUGGUGCUGAGCUGUAGUCAAUGAAUAGCAUUCUCAAGUAGGUGUUACUCUUGUCCAGGUGGGAAAGGGCAGUGUGGCGUGCAUUAGAGAUUGCAUCAUCUGUGGAUCUGUUGGGGCGGUAUGCAAAUUGGAGUGGGUCUAGGGUUUCUGGGAUAAUGGUGUUGAUGUGAGCCAUGACCAGCCUUUCAAAGCACUUCAUGGCUACAGACGUGAGUGCUACGGGUCAGUAGUCAUUUAGGCAGGUUAUCUUAGUGUCCUUAGGCACAAGUACUUUGGUGGUGUGCUUGAAACAUGUUGGUAUUACAGACUCAGUCAGGGACAUGUUGAAUAUGUCAGUGAAGACACUUGCCAGCUGGUCAGCGCAUGCUCGGAGUACACGUCCUGGUAAUCCGUCUGGCCCUGCGGGCUUGUGAAUGUUGACCUGCUUAAAAGUCUUACUCACAUCGGCUAUGGAGAGCGUGAUCACAUAGUCAUCCGGAACAGCUGAUGCUCUCAUGCAUGCUUCAAUGUUGCUUGCCUCGAAGCGAGCAUAGAAGUGAUUUAGCUCGUCUGGUAGGCUUGUGCCACUGGGCAGCUCGCGGCUGUGCUUCCCUUUGUAGUCUGUAAUAGUUUUCAAGCCCUGCCACAUCCGACAAGCAUCAGAGCCGGUGUAGUACGAUUCAAUCUUAGUCCUGUAUUGACUCUUUGCCUGUUUGAUUGUUCGUCGGAGGGCAUAGCGGGAUUUCUUAUAAGCGUCCGGGUUAGAGUCCCACUCCUUGAAAGCGGCAGCUCUACCCUUUAGCUCAGAGCGGAUGUUGCCUGUAAUCCAUGGCUUCUGGUUAGGGUAUGUACGUACGGUCACUGUGGGGACGACGUCAUCGAUGCACUUAUUGAUGAAGCCAGUGACUGAUGUGGUGUACUCCUCAAUGCUAUCGGAAGAAUCCCGGAACAUAUUCCAGUCUGUGCUAGCAAAACAGUCCUGCAGCUUAGCAUCUGCGUCAUCUGACCACUUUUUUAUUAACCGAGUCACUAGUGCUUCCUGCUUUAGUUUUUGCUUAUAAGCAGGAAUCAGGAGGAUAGAGUUAUGGUCAGAUUUGCCAAAUGUAGGGCGAGGGAGAGCUUUGUAUGCGUCUCUGUGUGUGGAGUAAAGGUGGUCUAGAGUUUUUUUUCCUCUGGUUGCACAUUACGUAGAAUGGAUUUAAGUUUCCCUGCAUUAAAGUCCCCGGCCGCUAGGAGCGCUGCCUCUGGAUGAGUGUUUUCCUGUUUACUUAUGGCCUUAUACAGCUCAUUGAGUGCAAUCUUAGUGCCAGCAUCGGUUUGUGGUGGUAGAUAGACAGCUACGUAAAAUAUAGAUGAAAACUCUCUUGGUAAAUAGUGCGGUCUACAGCUUAUCAUGAGAUACUCUACCUCCGGCGAGCAAAACCUUGAGACUUCCGUAGUAUUAGAUUUUAUGCACCAGCUGUUGUUUACAAAUAUACACAGACCGCCACCCCUUGUCUUACCGGAGUCAGCCAUUCUAUCCUGCCGAUGUAGCGUAUAUCCCGACAGCUGUAUGUUAUCCAUGUCGUUGUUCAGCCACGACUCGGUGAAACAUAAGAUAUUACAGUUUUUAAUGUCCCGUUGGUAGGAUAACCUUAAUCUUAGGUCGUCCAAUUUUUUUUCAAAUGAUUGAACAUUGGCUAAUAGGAUUGAUGGAAGAGGCAGUUUACUCGCUCACCGUCGGAUCCUUACAAGGCACCCUGACCUACGUCCACGAUAUCUCUUUCUCAUGCGAAUGACGGGGAUUUGGGCCUAGUCAGGUGUCUGUAGGAUAUCCUUUGCGUCCGACUCAUUGAAGAAAAAAUCUUUGUCCAAUACGAGGUGAGUAAUCGCUGUCCUGAUAUCCAGAAGCUCUUUUUGGUCAUAAGAGACAGUGGCAGAAACAUUAUGUACAGAAUAAAUUACAAAUAAUGCGAAAAAACACACAUAAUAGUACAAUUGGUUAGAGGGCUGUAUAUUUCCCACCGUAAAGCAUGGAGGAGGAGGUGUUAUGGGGUGGGGUAGCUUUGCUGGUGACACUGUCUGUGAUUUAUUUAGAAUUCAAGGCACACUUAACCAGCAUGGCUACCACAGCAUUCUGCAGCGAUACACCAUCCCAUCUGGUUUGGGCUUAGUGGGACUAUAAUUUGUUUUUCAACAGGACAAUGACCCAACACACCUCCAGGCUGUGUAAGGGCUAUUUUACCAAGAAGGAGAGUGAUGGAGUGCUGCAUCAGAUGAGCUGGCCUCCACAAUCCCCCGAUCUCAACCCAAUUGAGAUGGUUUGGGAUGAGUCGGACAGCAGAGUGAAGGAAAAGCAGCCAACAAGUGCUCAGCAUAUGUGGAAAAGCAUUCUGUUGGAAAAGCAUUCCAGGUGAAGCUGGUUGAGAGAAUGCCAAGAGUGUGCAAAGCUGUCAUCAAUGCAAAGGGUGGCUAUUUUAAGAAUCACAAAUAUAAAAUAUAUUUUCAAAUCAAAUCAAAUUGUAUUGGCCACAUGCGCCAAAUACAACAGGUGCAGACAUUACAGUGAAAUGCUUACUUACAGCCCUUAACCAACAGUGCAUUUAUUUUUAAUAAAAAAAGUAGAAUAAAACAAAAAAGUGUUGAGAAAAAAAGAGCAGAAGUAAAAUAAAAUAACAGUAGGGAGGCUAUAUAUACAGGGGGGUACCGGUGCAGAGUCAAUGUCACCGGCUAGUUGAGGUAUUUUGAUUUGUUGAACACUUUUUUGGUUACUACAUACAGUUGAAGUCAGAAGUUUAUAUGCACUUAGGUUGGAGUCAUUAAAACUCGUUUUUCAACCACAUUUCUUGUUAACAAACUAUAGUUUUGGCAAGUCGGUUAAGACAUCUACUUUGUGCAUGACACAAGUAAUUUUUCCAACAAUUGUUUACAGACAGAUUAUUUCACUUAUAAUUCACUGUAUCACAAUUACAGUGGGUCAGAAGUUUACAUACACUAAGUUGACUGUGCCUUUAAACAGCUUGGAAAAUUCCAGAAAAUGAUGUCAUUGCUUUAGAAGCUUCUGAUAGGCUAAUUGACAUCAUUUGAGUCAAUUGGAGGUGUACCUGUGGAUGUAUUUCAAGACCUACCUUCAAACUCAGUGCCUCUUUGCUUGACAUCAUGGGAAAAUCCAAAGAAAUCAGCCAAGACCUCAGAAUUUUUUUUUUUAGACCUCCACAAGUCUGUUUCAUCCUUGGGAGCAAUUUCCAAAUGCCUGAAGGUACCACGUUCAUCUGUACAAACAAUAGUACGCAAGUAUAAACACCAUGGGACCACGCAGCCAUCAUACCACUCAGGAAGGAGACGCGUUAUGUCUCCUAGAGAUGAACGUACUUUGGUGUGAAAAGUGCAAAUCAAUUCCAGAACAACAGCAAAGGACCUUGUGAAGAUGCUGGAGGAAACCGGUACAAAAGUAUCUAUAUCCACAGUAAAACGAGUCCUAUAUCGACAUAACUUGAAAGGCAGCUUAACAAGGAAGAAGCCACUGCUCCAAAACUGCAAUAAAUAAGCCAGACUACGGUUUGCAACUGCACAUGGGGACAAAGAUUGUACUUUUUUGAGAAAUGUCCUCUGGUCUGAUGAAAACAAAAAUAGAACUGUUUGGCCAUAAUGUCCAUCUUUAUGUUUGGAGGAAAAAGAGGGUAACUUGCAAGCCGAAGAACACCAUCCCAACCGUGAAGCAUAGGGGUGGCAGCAUCAUGCUGUGGGGGUGCUUUGCUGCAGGAGGGACUGGUGUACUUCACAAAAUAGAUGGCAUAAUGAGGAAGGAAAAUGAUGUGGAUAUAUUGAAGCAACAUCUCAAGACAUCAGUCAGGAAGUUAAAGCUUGGUUGCAAAUGGGUCUUCCAAAUGGACAAUGACCCCAAGCAUACUUCCAAAGUUGUGGCAAAUGGCUUAAGGACAACAAAGUCAAGGUAUUGGAGUGGCCAUCACAAAGCCCUGACCUCAAUCCUAUAGAACAUUUGUGGGCAGAACUGAAAAAGCGUGUGCGAGCAAGGAGGCCUACAAACCUGACUCAGUUACACCAGCUCUGUCAGGAGGAAAAAAUUCACCCGACUUAUUGUGGGAAGCUUGUGGAAGGCUACCCGAAACGUUUGACCCAAGUUAAACAAUUUAACGGCAAUGCUACCAAAUACUAAUUGAGUGUAUGUAAACUUCUGAUGUGAUGAGGUGGUGAUGAAGGAGUCAGGCACAGGAGGGUAAAUCACAGAAUAACAGGCUUUAAUCCGCAAAAUACAGGUUUACACAGAAAUGCGUCAAACACACUCCAGGGCACAAACCAGGCGCACUGGAAAAUACAGGGCACACGGGAAAAAUACUUCCGUCGAUACACAUUACACGAGCUCCACCGAGCUUCACUAACCUCCACAAACACAAACAAUCACCCACACAGACAAGGAAGCAGAGGGAACACUUAUACCAUGACUAAUGAGGGAAUAAGGACCAUGUGUUUGUGAUUGAAGACAAGACAAGUGGAGUGAUGAUAAAUGGAUCGGCAGUAGCUAGUAAGCCGGUGACGCCGAACGCCGAAACCUGCCCGAACAAGGAGGGGAGGCAGCCUCGGCGGAAGUCGUGACAUCUGACCCCCUGGCAAUGUGAUGAAAGAAAUAAAAGCUGAAAUAAAUCAUUCUCUCUACUAUUAUUCUGACAUUUCACAUUCUUAAAAUAAAGUGGUGAUCCUAACUGACCUAAGACAGGGAAUUUUUACUAGGAUUAAAUGUCAGGAAUUGUGAAAAACUGAGUUUAAAUGUAUUUGGCUAAGGUGUAUGUAAACAUCUGACUUCAAAUGUAUGUGUUAUUUCAUAGUUUUGAUGUCUUCACUAUUAUUCUACAAUGUAGAAAAUAGUAAAAAUAAAGAAAAACCCUUGAAUGAGUAGGUGUUCUAAAACUGUAGCUGUAAUGAACGUAAAGGUGUUGUUGUUGUGAAUGUAGCUCUAAUCUAAUGAUAUUACAUGCCUGCUGGCUGGAUUCCCUUGGGGUGAGCUUUUGUGAAUGCACCCCUAAUCUUAAUAGUGAAGUAGUGGGGAUGAGAUGAGCAGGGAUAAGGUUGGUAUGUUGUGUUGUGUUGUCAACAGACCAAACUGGGACUUUGUUAUUAGAGCAGGCUAUGACUAUAUUGUCAUGUCACCAUGUCUGGCCUGAUACUGAGUCAUGGUUUGGAUACGGUAUGUUGACGGCACCCGAAUGUGGCAGCCAGUGUGUGUUUGUGCGUGUUUGCAUGCGUGAGUGUGUGUGUGUCUGUGUGCGAGUGUCUGUGUGUGUGCCUUGCAUAGUCUGCAGUCAUAUAAUGAUCAGCCCUCCCAAGCUGAGGACUGAGGACGUGGACCGGAUGAAUUCCAUCAUCUGAACGCACUCACAACAAUCGUGGCUCUCCACUGCUAUCACUGCCAAUCCUCAGCCGUGAAGUCAUCUCCCGCAAAUACUCCCUCUCUUACUUAUACUGAAAUGCUCCUUCUCUCUCACCACAUUCUGCCUUUCCAGCAGGCUAGGGCUCCUGGUCGACUCACGCUUCCAGGACUCCCUGACUGACUGGCCCACCACUGACCCCCCUAGGCCCCAGCCCUAUACCACAGACCUAUACCUCAGGCCCAAUACCCCAGCACUUUACCAAGCCUCAGGUCCAGCCCCAGUCUCAGGUCCAGCCCCAGUCUCAGGUCUAGCCCCAGCCUCAGGUCUAGCCCCAGCCUUAGGUCCAGCCUCAUGUCUAGCCCCAGCCUCAGGUCCAGCCUCAUGUCUAGCCCCAGCCUCAGGUCUACCCCAGCCUCAUGUCUAGCCCCAGCCUAAGGUCCAGCCUCAGGUCCAGCCCCAGCCUCAGGUCUAGCCCCAGCCUCAGGUCUAGCCCCAGCCUUAGGUCCAGCCUCAUGUCUAGCCCCAGCCUAAGGUCCAGCCCCAGCCUCAGGUCUAGCCCCAGCCUCAUGUCUAGCCCCAGCCUAAGGUCUAGCCCCAGCCUCAGGUCUAGCCCCAGCCUCAGGUCUAGCCCCAGCCUUAGGUCCAGCCUCAUGUCUAGCCCCAGCCUAAGGUCCAGCCUCAUGUCUAGCCCCAGCCUCAGGUCCAGCCUCAUGUCUAGCCCCAGCCUCAGGUCUACCCCAGCCUCAUGUCUAGCCCCAGCCUCAGGUCCAGCCCCAGCCUCAGGUCCAGCCCCAGCCUCAGGACCAGCCCCAGCCUCAGGUCUACCCCAGCCUCAGGUCUACCCCAGCCUCAGGUCCAGCCUCAGGUCCAGCCUCAUGUCUAGCCCCAGCCUCAGGACCAGCCCCAGUCUCAGGUCUAGCCCCAGCCUCAGGUCCAGCCCCAGCCUCAGGUCCAGCCCCAGCCUCAGGUCUACCCCAGUUUCAGGUCCAGCCCCAGCCUCAUGUCUAGCCCCAGCCUCAGGUCCAGCCCCAGCCUCAGGUCCAGCCCCAGCCUCAGGUCUACCCCAGUUUCAGGUCCAGCCCCAGCCUCAGGUCCAGCCCCAGCCUCAGGUCCAGCCCCAGCCUCAGGUCUACCCCAGUUUCAGGUCCAGCCCCAGCCUCAUGUCUAGCCCCAGGCCUAAACAGAUCAUGAGGAGCAGCAGAACCCUGAACACACACACACCACCACUUGUGCCCCCGCAUUCAGCUUCCUGAUUAGACGCCGGCCUAAGGGGACAGGAAUAAACACGGAACAUUAGCCAAUAAGUCUGUUGUCUGGGAAGAAAUGUGUGUCAAGGACCAAUCAAAAAUAAUGACAUCAACAGGAAACUAUUACAGUCUAAUAACCAUUCCCCUGAUCCCUGGUCCAUUAGGAUUUGGAAGCCUUUUGGAUAGGAACUGUUUUAUUUGUGUGUUUUUGAAAACAGCCAAUUUAACAACUUCCCUCUCUCCCUUAUCAGUGUCCGAUAUGGAUUUGAGAGAAGAGAAAAUUACUAUUUUAAAACUGACUGAGUGAAGGCUGAUCAGUAUGGUGUGAUAGUGUGAUAGUCUCUCUCUCUGUCUGUCUCUCCCUCCAGACAGACAGCUAAUCCUCCUGUGUGUGAAGGAGAGCGUUCGCGGUCACGCACAUGGACAGUGUUUUCAUUUAGGACCACACAUACUCACACACACAUGCUCUCUCUCUCUCUCUCACACACACACACACACAGCAGUCAAACCCAGGGUAGAGUGGAAUGUGUGAACAGGCCGAGCCACAAAGCUCAUUGUUCACAUUAUAAAGCACAGAGACACAUGGAGCACUGUGAGGGGUUGAGAGAUUUAUCAUCAUGGAUCAACACCACAAACACUCACAACCACACAUCUAACCCUAACCCUCCUCACACACACACACACACACACACACACACACACACACACACACACACACACACACACCCUUCUAACCCUAACUCUCCUCAAGCACACACACACCAGCUCAACCUUUCUCCCUCUGCAUGAUUUAAAAAGGAGAGCAGAGCAGAAGGGGUGAGAGGAGGGGGAAGAGGAGUGAGAAGAGGAGGGGGAAGAGGAGGGGGGGAAGAGGAGUGAGAAGACAAGGAGGGAGAAGACAAGGAGGGAUAAGAGGAGGGGGAAGAGGAGGGAGAAGAGGGAGAAGAGGAGGGGGAAGAGGAGGGAGAAGAGGAGGGGGAAGACGAGGGGGAAGACGAGGGGGAAGACGAGGGGGAAGACGAGGGUGAAGACGAGGGUGAAGAGGAGGGUGAAGAGGAGGGGGAAGAGGAGGGAGAAGACGAGGGGGAAGAGGAGGGAGAAGAGGAGGGAGAAGACGAGGGGGAAGACGAGGGGGAAGACGAGGGGGAAGACGAGGGAGAAGAGGAGGGGGAAGAGGAGGGGGAAGAGCAGGGAGAAGACGAGGGAUAA